UGUUCUAUCACCGCUGCUGAAAAUGUUCAAAAGGAGAAAGCUUAACACUAAUGAAAUAGAUGACUCAUAUAAUAUUGACGUUUCUGAGCAAAUCCAUUCGCCGACUAAUAAUGGGAAAAGUCUUCACAGUAACUGGUCCAGGAAUACAUACCAACAUUUGAAAAAACAGAAUGAAUGCAAAUGCGUCGACUGUAGAGCCAUACAGGAAACAAGUAAUCGUAUAUGUGAAACGGAUGGGUUGGAAGUGUCGCUUUUUAAACUGUCACGGUGUUUACAGAUUUGGUUGCGACACAGCAAACCUGAGAUGAAGACUGCAUUCAAAGGAUAUCCUGAGACCAAACUCGAAGCAUGUUCCUGUUUUGACUGUCAUCAUGUUCAGAAAGUUCUUGGAUAUGAAGAGGGGAGUAGACUAACUAUUUAUGUAGAGCACAAUGCCAAAAAUUAA